AUAAAAAACACAAAAACGGAAUUAAAAAUAGCAACAUAAACAUUUAUUUGUAUUAUUUUUUUGUGUUUUCUUAAGAAACACACAAAAUGUGGUUUUAAAUAGUAAAAACAAAAUAAAUGCAAUUAAAUUAAAUUGUAAAAAAAUGUGUUUUUUUUAAACAAUUGUUUUUAUUUUUGUUUUGUUUCGAAAAAAAUGGUAGCUUUAAUUACAGUGUUUAGUCUAGUGUAGAAAAAUGUGUGUCUAAUCAUUUUCUCCUAAUAAUAUCACCUAAAUUGAAAACAGAUUUACAGCCAUUUUUUGAGUAAUUACCACAAUCAACGAAAAGUGUAGCGAAACAAGCCGACCAUAAACAGCAAAACUCAUAAACGAAAUUGGAAAAACACAAAAAAAAUAAAAAUAUAAAGUGCAAAUUAAAACGAACUAAAUAACGAAAAAAUAACAAACAAUUCAUGCGAAAGCAGCAACAUUUUAUUUCUAUACAACCAAGAGCAUUUCUGGUGGAGCAAAAAAAGCUAAAAUACAACAAAUGACAAUUUUAAACCACAAAAGAAAAUAAGAAAAAACUAAAAGAUAAAAAAGUCCGAUACAAAAUAAAAAAAAAGAAAAACGAACUAAAGAAAUUUGAUAAAAAACAAAAUACAAAAAAAAAAUGUUUUAAAAAUAUAACAAAAUUUUUUUUAAACCAGCUGUUGUUUUUGCAACAAAACAAAUAAAAAAAUAAACUAAUUUAAAAAUAAAAUAGUUAAAUGGCUGUUAUAAUAAAAACAAAAACUAUAAAAAUUUGUUGUUGAUAACAAGUUGUUUUAAACUAAAACCCCUUAAGCCAAACCCCUCUACUCAAACAAAUCCAUGUUGAGAUACAGACUGGUGUCGACACACUUUUUAAAACAGCCGUAAAUUGUUUAAAUAAAUUAAUUUUUCAUAAACGGGUACAAAAUUUUAAGAAAAUAAAGACCUUAAGGCUCGCUAAACAAAAGGAAGGAACGAAGUGAAAGAAAAUUGAAAAAAUAUUUGCAAAAAAAUAAAACAAAAAAGAAAAACCAUCAACAAAGUAUAAGCCUAAAAGUAUGCUUCACAUGUAAACAACUACAAUAUCUAAGAAAAAAAUAUAAAAAAAAAAUAAAAGAAAAUUAAGUGCAUGUGAGUAACUAACGGUAAACAGAGCAAACGUAACGGUAAGCGGGCUAUAAUAAAAGCCGAAGCAAGUGAGAGAGACCACGAAUAGUUUUAAAGCUGUUAAAGAGAGCAACAGCGGGCGUUAUUGGCUAGAGAGCGAAAUACGAAAUACCCUUCUAAAAAAACAAAAGCAAACAAAUAAAAGAGUGUAAGCUAAAUAGUUGUAUACGAGUAUUAUAGUUUUUAACUGCUUGUCAUCUCAUACGUGCGUUACACUUACUCAGCCAUCAAAUAUUAUCUAUCACCACAUCAUUACACUCAUCAACAGCCAGUUAUCCUGCAUAGAACAAUUACCGAAUCAAAUCAAAACUAACCUUAACUAGAACACCACCUACGCUAAAAAGUUAACCACAACCACAUCACUUAUUUAACUACAGCUUAAGCUAAUCCAUACGUUAACUUUUGUUCCAUUAAAUUCAACAACGCAAUUCUAAACCACUCCCAACAUUUACAGCUUCUAUAUAAUAUUCACAUCUAAAUAAACGUCAAACAUAAAACGCUUAAACGUCUACUUUGAGCAUAAUUUCUCAUAGCAAGCGUUUUAUUAAUAUCGCCACAACGUAUUCGUUAAACGUUUUUGGCCUAUUCAUCAACUAUAAUUAUAAUUUAAUUAGCGAAAAUGUGCAGAGAUCGCGAUAUGAUUUUGCCAUAGAUCAGCGUAAUCGCCAGUAUAAAGUUAAGAAAAAAAUUAAAGUUAAAAAAUAAAUAAAUUACAAAACUCAAAAACAAAACCAACCUAACUACAUCUUAAAAAAAAAAAUUCAAAACUUAAACCUACAAAAAGGAAUUUUAAAAUUUAAACAAAAUAAAUCUUGAAAUUUAAAGUUGUACUUUCUGGCCUGGGAAAACAAACGAAAAAUGUGACUCUACAAAUUUAUUUGAAAAAAUAAAUCUACAACUACAAAACCAAAUCCCAUUUGUGGGUUAACGUGUGUAAACAUUUGAAAGGAUUGAAAAGAACGCCUGUGACUAAAAGACAGAUUUGUGCGAUUUUUGUGUUAAAAGGAGUGCAGAAUAUUUGCUAAGCAGGAUUAAAGGAGUGUUAAGCUAAACAAGUGACUGGAAAAGCAACGGAUUUAUUUCGCUAUUAUCUUUUGAUUUAACGCGUGUUUUUCUUCGUCUUAAUUGAGCAAAAGUGUGUCCAAGAGAGAGAGAGAGAUAGAGAGAAGAAAAGCGCUUUAACGUAACAAAAGUUUUUUGUCUCACUAAAAAACCAGCAAAAUUGAAGACUUUGUAAAAAACCUUUGGAAGUCUGUUAAGGCUUGCGUUUGCGGCAUGCGCCAUCCUAAUACUGGACUAAGCGAAGACGACCUAAGUCGUCUUACCGGUUCUUCAUCUUCGUCAGCAUCUUGUCGUAAUAAUAAUAAUUGUAAUACAUUAUCCUCUUCCUCCUCAUCAUCUUCGUCAUCUUCCUCCUCCUCCUCGUCGUCCUCGUCAUCACCUUCGUCGUCCGGUGCUAAUACUCCCGAUGAUUGCAAAAAACAGCAACAACAUAUCAAAAAGAAGCAUGAAACAAAAUCUCCUUCAAAACAUCAUCAUCAUCAUCAACACAACGCAUCAUCAUUACCAGAACAAUUGGAAAAUAAUAAAAAUACACAAACACGUUUCAACUCCACAUAUCUGCCCGAAAUCAUAAAUCCUUUGGAAUGGCAAAAAUCACGUAAACGCAAAGAACGUCUCGACAGCAGUUCGUCCACCACACAGGAUCGUAAACUGCAGCGUUCGAACAGCGAGGAACUCUUGCCCCAAGACAACGAUGGUCAAUUGCAAAACAAUAACAAUGUGGCUUCCACGCCAGCCGAUUUGGGUGUGAACACUUUGAAGUCCCUCAAGAAUGUCGAUAAUAUAAGACGGGUUUCAUCGGAGGAUUUCAAGCGUACACCCUAUGAGGUCUAUGAACAGGAAUUUAAAGAAAGUGAAAAUGUGAGCGCCACGAAGGCCUCAGAUGAAAAUGAUGGCAGUUUGGCUAAUCGCCAGGCCCAGCGCUGUCAGGCCUGGACAGUGGGUGUGCCCAUUAAGGAUAUGACUAGAAGAUCACGCUAUGAAACAAGUCCGGCCCGAUCACAGCGCCAUUCGCCUAUAAGAGUGUGUUUCAGUGGCAAUGGCAAUAAUGGCAAGCAUCGUGAUAAUAGCGACGAUAGCGAGUGUGAGCAUGAACGUCGUCGCAGCAGUGAACGUUUCUGCAAGUCGCGUGCUCCUCCCGGACGUAAAGCUUCCGGUAUCACCAAGAAAUCGACCAAUUCUUCGAAUGCCAUCAGAUACUUGCCCUCCAAGUUAAAUGAUGAAAAUGUCUACAAAUACGAUUUGUCAGCUUUAAAGCAUGAAAGGCGAGGAUUUAUAAGCAAGAAAUCAGCAAAUGCCAGUGAGAAAAAUAAUACCAACGACUUGAAUGACAAUAAUUUGAUUGACUUUAAUAAUGCGUCUACCAAUAAUACCUUGGCCAAACCAAUAUCACCAACCGCCUCCUCGACUGGCUCCACAGAUGAUGUCAACAUCAUUAACUCUCAACAGCAGCAGCCACAACAACAACAACAGCAACAGAAAUCAUCAGCCAACAGCAGCAAGAACAGCAGUCAAACUAGUUUACAUAAACUUCCUCUAACCACCUCAGCUCAAGACGCACUGCCAUGGGAUCGUUCGGUGCCCGAAGAUCAAACUCCCGUUUUAAGCAGACGCUACGCCACCGUACGUCCUCAUUUAGUCGAUUCCAUUGAUACGGCUGCAAAACUCUCCAAAGUCAAGCCAUUUGCCCAGCCCUACCACAAGCAACAUCAGACUGCUGCUCAAAUCUUGGCCAGCGAUUUGGAUGAUGACGAUUGCAUGGAAUCUACAUUCCGUGCUUUCACCUCUCUGGAGAAUAUGAAAACUCGAGAACUCAUGCAACAGGUUAUACCGAAUGUUAUGGCCUUCCAAACGCCCGAGGAACGCAUGAAACAGAUUAAUAAACGUGUGACUGCUUUAAAGAAGAAACUUACACAGCUGGAGGACUCGUAUGAGGUGCGUUGUGGUUAUAAACCCUCGCAAGCCGAUCGUUUGAAUGACAAAUACAUGAAGCAUAUUUUAUCAGAACUGAGUAAAUUGCGCAAGGAGCGCCAUGAAUUAAAGGCAGAUCCAAUGGCCGCAUUGGGCUUAAAAGUCAGCGGUGGCAUGGAUAGUGAGCAGAAAUUAUUGAAAAUGAAAGGAACUCUGUUAGAAAUUGAACAGAGUCUAACCGAAAAACGUGAAGACACCAAUCGAUCCGACACUUUGGAUGAACUAAGCGCCGAUCAAUUGGUGCAAGAAAAGACUGCUGUACAACAUGGUCUACUCUACUUCGAAUCGCUGUACGGUAGACCAUCAACAAAAGAUGAACGUGAUGCGGCGCGACCACUGUACGAUCGUUAUCGUCAACUCAAACGUAUGGUAUCGCGCAGUGUCACCCUGACCGGUUCUUGCCUAGGCGGAGCACCCGAAUUGCCCACAAUUUUAGAACACGAAGCCAUGAACUUCGAAGCAACACCAUUGCAAUAUUCAUCCAACAACAGUACUGAGACAACAAACUCACCCACAACGGACUCGCAGCAACCGCCCACCACAGCCAGUUCGGAUGAUUCCACCACCACCACUACCACAACAGUUAACACACAAUCUUCGCAACAGGAAAAUAUCAGUUUCCUAACCAUUGAACAGCUGUGGGAUAAUCUGGAUAAGACCAGAGAAGAAAAGAAACUAUUAAAGCGUAUAAUACGCGAAUAUGAGACUGUGUUUGAGGAACAAAAUGGUCGUAAAAUGCUAAAGAGUGACCGUAAAACCAUCGAGGAAACCUAUGCCCAAUACAAGGAGAAAAAGGCUAAAACUCGUCUCUUGCAGGCUUUGAUUAAAAAGCAAAUAUCACGUUGAGGCGUUAAUUUGGAAAUUAAGUACAUAUAUAUAAAUAUAAAUAUGUAUGUAGCAUAGAGUAGGACAGUAGCACAGUUACAUUAAAGAAAACAGAAGAAUGUUGAAAAAGCUUAAUAUAACAGCUUGACGAGAAAAAUUUGUGAGCAAAAAGCUAAGAAAGCUUUUUAGUAGGGUUAAACACCUUAAGAAAUGUUAUGGUAGCAAGAAAAAUGUAUGAAUUGUUAUACAAAAGCUUUGGAAAUAGCUUUUGUCUAAUAUAUAUAACACUUUUUUUAUAUUUAGAGAAAGAACAAGAACAGCCACACAACUUCCCUUAAAUACCUACCUACACACACACACCCAUAAGCAUCUCAUUUAUAACAAUUUAUUUAUAAUAAUUUAUUUAUAAUAAUUUAUUUCUCUUUUUCUCUAAAGAAAAUAAAUGAAAAAAAGAUUGGUUCCAAACCAAUGGUUUAAAACAAGGAUGUUGGUUGUUACACUAGACUCCUUGUAAAAGAAAAUAUAUAGGUUUUAAAAUGUUUGUUAAGAAGCAUCAUACAAUUUAAUUAUUAUUUUUUAUUAUUUAAGAAAUAUAAUCAUUUUAUAUACACACACACACACGCUAUACAAACAUAUUGUUAUUAUUUAUUACAUACAUACAUACAUAAAAGCAUAUAUUUUGCUUUAAAUUUUAUGUAUUAUUUGUUUCAUUUAUAUAUUUUUUCCAUUAUAUUUCAUUUUUAUUAUUGUUUCGGUUGUUAAAUAGUCUAGACAUGCCAUAAAUAGUUUUAAUAUUAAACAAAAACAACAGAAAAAAAUAAAAUAAUAAAAAAACCCUAUAAUAAUUUUAAAACUAAUAA